AUGAGAAUAAGGUAAUUAAAUGGCGGCAGAUCCAAGCGUCCCUCAUCCCGUAAUGACGAAGAUCGUGGUACAGGUGUGUGCCGAAAAGUGAUCGUCUGCCGAAAACUGAUGUUUGAUGACAGGACGGCUGCCGGGGACCGCGCUUAGCUGAUGCAUCACCACCAAAUGCAGUCAAAUCUGAAACCUGGCUGGCCCUCGACUUGCAACUCGGAAGAUAAUCACGGGGACUGGAAAAACGCAAUGGACGCUCCUCAGUACCCAGGCUACCCUUCACACUACUGGUAUCCCCAGUCUCAUUCCACAGGACACUAUGCAAAUACCUAUCCCUCAGGAUCUGAUGUUCAGCCACAGUACAAUCCACAGGUGAUGCCUGGAGGUUAUCCAAACGGCCAUGGUGUAUACAGCCCAGCGCAGAGUCAAUAUUCAACAAGUGGUUUCCACCCAUCCAACCCUUUCUACUGUGCUGACCCUCAGAGACCUGCUCCAGGUCCUUAUCCUAACCAGGGCUGUCCAGCAGAGCAGAGCAGUGGGCCAUCUGGGCAGCCACACUCUCAACACCAACAUCAUCACUAUCCUGGUCCUCAUUGUCAAGGGGGUUCUGGAUAUCCUCCUGGACCGUAUCCUCACUACGGUGAAGGUGGACAUGCAAUGCCUCCCAACCCCCCGUACCCCACUAGCCAGUCUCUCCACCCAAGCUCCCAGGCCGAUGCAUGGGCACACUCUGGUGCAUAUGCCCCCUCACAGCAGCAAUGGCAGCCAGGCCAGCAGCCUCCACAAAACCACUACGGAAAUCCUGCCCGUCCUCUGCAUCCUCCAGCAUGGCCAGGGACUGGAACAGGUGCUCCACCACCUUACCAGCCCAAGGACCAACAGCACCAACGUGCCCCACAAGUGGGACCUAAACCCAGGCCAACCCCAUCCCUGAAUCCACCCAAUGGAAAGCCUGCCGAAAUAAGUUCCCCUCCCCAAAUGUACAACAAAACCGGUAGAGGUGAACCUAAUCCUUCGCAAGGUGAGCCGCCGCCCUCGGCCCCGGCUCAAGCGCCGUCUCCAGGCCAGGCUGGACCUCAGCCCCUGAGCCAUAUCCCCGGCCUAGCUAAGGUCCAACAGGUCAUGGCCAGAGUGCUGCUGCUUCAAGAAGAUGUUGAUGAGUUUGUUGGCAGAAAGACGGACAAGAGUUAUCGGUAUCUGGAGGAACUGCUGACCAAAGAGCUGCUGGAGCUGGACUCUGUGGAGACUCAGGGACAGGAGACUGUCCGGCAAGCCCGGAAGGAGGCUGUACAGAGGAUCCAGGCAAUUCUGGACCAGCUGGAGAAGAAAGCCUUCUAAACUGAACUUAUUUGUUGGUUUGUGGGCCACUAAGUUUUGCUGUUUUCUUCUUCCAGAUCUUCCAUGGACACACUGAGGGUCUAGUCUUGUUCUUCGGAGCUGUGUUAUCUUUAGGUUGUUUUUUUUUCUACCACCACAAUAUAAAAUACCUGAAGUAAGUGGGAUGGGACCAAGAACAAGAUGGAGCAAUAACUGGUACAUGGAAUCAACUUGUGAAGCCUAAUUAUGCUGGUAUAAGUGAUAUAGUGGUAUUAAAAAUGCAGACUGAUGGUUGUACAUAUCAUAAGUGACUUUCAGCCUCAGUGAGUGAAUGAGUGAGUGACUGUGUUGGCUACUCAAACUGACACUCUUGCUCAGCUCAUCUUUUAUGUCAUGCCUUUCGCCAGCAUAAUGCAGGGCAGAGUUACUGGAAGAUGAAUUAAUUUAGUGCCGCAUAACAACUGUUAGUUGUCUCUAACCUGUGAUACAGAUUGAAAUUAUCGUCAUGCUGUCCCUCAGGAUCGUGGGUCGGUUUUAGUCUGAUCCUGCAUCUAACAACACAUGCACUUUGUCAGCUGUCUUAUUAUUACAUAUCACAGUCCAUUUUGCAUGAUCAUGAUAUUGCCCCCCUUCCCCACCUUCACGUCUCUGCAGAAAUAGGUGCAAUCCUUUCCUUUUAAAUUGUGCUCCCAGCCCUGCAUGCACUGCAAUGUCAGACCACUCAAUACAGUCACAACAUCUCUGAGCUCAUAAUUGGGUUUGGAAAGUAGCAGAUUAGUGAAAACCCCCUAAAGAUUGCUGUCCCCAUUAUUCCAUCUUUUGGAUGAAAUUGCUUCCUCAGUGCGGCCCUAGAAUCAGACCUACAUAUGAAUGCCAUGUAUUUCACUCUAGGAACUAAUGUUAUUACAGAGACAUAAGGACAAGUUUAAGAAUUACUUGAAAAGUUCAGUUAUGUACUUUCCAUCCCUUUUCUGGAGUAAGUGUUCAAUCAGCGGUUGAGGGUAAAGAAAAGGGGGUACUUCAACAUUUUCAGUAAUGUUUUGUGCUUAUGGAGCUAAUGUUGGUCACAGAACUUGGAUCAGUUUAAUUUGUUUUUUUAUUUGUUUUUUUUUUCUUCUCACUAAAAUCCUUGUUGCAUCAAAUCCAGAUUUUCACCGCAAUACAUUUUCUUACGUAGAGCAAGUCUUUUUUUUUUUCUUUUUUCUUUCUGUUCUUGAUGUGUUGAUUUAGAGAAAAAAAGAGUGCCAUAUUUCAAAAGAUGGUUUUAUAUUAUUAGAAAAAAUAAAAAUAAGAUCACAAGCUUUGCAUGGAAAAAACAAACCUCUGUCAUAUUUGUUCAUUUUCCUGUGCUGGUAAGUUUCUGUUUAGAUGGAGCACAACUGUACAGUUUCAGAUGUAAUGCAUGUUUCCAACACAAGAUGGGAAUCUUUGCCUGAUAAAUAUUAUAUUACAAGUGAGAAAAUAGCAGAGAAAUAAUUAAAUGUCAGUAUAUUUUUCAA